AUGGAUAACAGCACUUCACUCUACGCUAAUCAACCGGGUCCGUCGAGCGCUCAUUGGAAGGGCGAUGAGGAUGCAGAAAGUCAAGAAGUCAUCAUUAUGGAGGAUCUCGACCACCAAUACCCUCCAGGAGCAAACCAACGAGCAGCGCGCUCCGCCAAGCCUCCAGUACGAACUCCGAAAUCGGCAAGACUCAGGCGACGGCUUGAUCCUACUGCCAGAAGACGAGCUUUGGAUGACUAUGGGUUCACUGGAAGAGAUACAACAUCGUUUCGACACGCUUUAUUUCUUUUGCUCGAGCAACCCACUUCUUCCAGCAGUGCCUUUACCCUGCAUCUCGUCACAAACACUAUAAUUGUGCUAAGUGCGUUCCUCACGAUACUCGAAACCAUACCGGCUUUCCACGCGGUCGACAGUUCAUUAUGGUUCGGAUUGGAGACUGGAAUUGUGGUUGUCUUCAGUGUAGAAUACGGAGCAAGAAGUAUUGGAUGGGGAUUCGAGAGAGGUGUAUGGGACGACUCGCUGGAAACCUUUGUCGAUGCGGAUGGUGUGAAGAGUCAUUUCGAGAGCAUCCCAGCUGCUGCUUGGUUUGUCCUCGUCAGAUAUGGUGAAAUCAUACCGCGCUCCUUCUUUGGCCGACUUGUCACUGUCCCCCUACUUUUGUUCGGCUUGCUCCUCGUCGCCCUCCCUUCAUUCGUAUUGGGCCGAGAGUUUGCUGUGGUAUGGGAAGAGAUGAGUGCCGGUGUUUUGGAUGGGAUAGGUUUAGCCAGGAGCCCGCAAAGUCCUAUUACACCUUACACAGGGCAAGAAGCCGAAAUAUAUGGUGCCCUCCCAGAUGAUGAAGACGAUGAUAAAGCUCCUCUGACCGGCGGCAAAGGCAAAGGAAGAGCCGGGAAUAUCUUGUUUGAUUCUGGGGAGCAUGAGGCUGACCAUACCGCAACAACUCGUAGCUAUAGCCACGACGAGGAGAAAGGGGAGCCACAUCCAGCAACGCCAGCAGCUGCAUCCACCACUUCUAGUCACAA